AUGGCACAUUCAAUCUCCUUGACCACAAGAAGAUGCUGUUCAAGCCGUCUGUUCUCUGCAGUCACCACUCGACAUUUCACCGUGUCGGCUCUGCGCCAUGAUUCCCAAGACCCUCGAGUCUCAGACCUUGGCCCCACAAUAAAGGACGAUUAUGCCAGCAUCCGCGCCAAAUACCAAUCCCCCCAGAAUCCCAUCGUCCUCGCUCAUGGCCUUCUCGGCUUCGACGAGCUUCACCUAGUCGGCAAGCUCCUUCCAGGGGUCCACUACUGGCGUGGCAUCACCGAAGCCCUCAAAGCCAAUAACAUCGAAGUGAUCCUCACCUCGGUCCCCCCGUCCGCGUCAAUAGAAGAGCGUGCGGCCAAACUGAGCCAUGAUAUCGAGAGAAAGGCUCAUGGAAAGAGCGUCAAUAUCGUUGCACACAGCAUGGGAGGAUUGGACGCACGAUACAUGAUCAGUCGGCUCAAACCGCCAAAUGUAAAGGUGCUUAGCUUGACUACGGUUGCGAGCCCGCACCGCGGUUCUGCGUUCGCAGACUAUGUGUUCGAUCAGAUUGGGCCCGAAAAUCUACCCAGAAUGUAUCGGGCGCUGCAAUUGAUGAGGAUAGAGACUGGGGCGUUCAGUCAGCUGACAAGGCGGUAUAUGAUGAAAGAUUUCAAUCCGAAGACGCCGGAUCGAGAGGGGGUGAGAUAUUUCUCCUACGGCGCUAUGGCGACGCCGCCCCUUUGGUCUGCCUUUAGACAGCCGCAUCGGAUUGUGGAAACAGAGGAAGGACCCAACGAUGGUCUAGUCAGUGUAGCAAGCUCUCGUUGGGGAACCUAUAAGGGGACGCUGGUUGAUGUGAGUCACUUGGACUUGAUUAAUUGGACGAAUCGGUUGAGGUGGCUCGUUUGGGAGAUGACGGGGAACAAGAGGAACUUCAAUGCCAUUGCAUUCUAUCUGAACAUUGCUGACAUGAUUGCACAAGAGGGGUACUAG